UUUCAGCAUACGUCUGGUUAAGCAUGCGUUGCCAACUAGUAAUCUUUUUCGCUGCUCUCUCCAUCGCUGUUCAUGGUCGAUCUUUUUAUACGGUAAGUCAUAUUAAUAUAUAAUAAUAAUAAUAAUGAUAAUAAUAAUAAUAAUAAUAAUAAUAAUAAUAAUAAUAAUAAUAAUAAUAAUAACAAAAUUAAGCCUCGCCGAACAAAUAUCAAAAAAUGUUUUUACCGCCCAAUACAAAAUUGAAGAUCGGCGUCGCCCUCAGAACGUUGUCAGUAACCGAUUUAAGUCACCUUACUGGCUUAACACCAGUAGCCUAUAUUUAAGGGCGCUUUGGCUGGCCACACCAGGGCUGGCGCGGUAGGGAGUAUUUUAACCAGCCAGAUCAGUUAAUAUAGCAUGCACGGCAGUGAUACGUUUAAGAGAAAUGACUUACGUUUCAUUUUCAAAACGAGUAGUUAGUCCUGCCAGUUCAACUUAGGAAAGCGCUCUUGAUUUUUAUUACAUAACUGACUAGAUUUGCAAAAGGUUAAUACUGUGUUGAUUCAAAUUCCUUUUUGCUCAACCGUCUCUUAUAGUGGCUCGACCCAGUAUUUUUAUAGGCAAACCCUCCAUCUUUGAAUCUCGUAUACUUAAACAAAUCCGCCGAUCUGCAUUGUAAAAUGAUUAUAACACAUGGAUUUCACUUAGACUAAACUUUUUUGUGGUAUUAUUUUUUAUGGCGAUCAGAAUAAAUGUCACGUGACAAUGACGUCACGGUGGUUUUAGCUAUAAAACGAAUUUCAUCCUCAAGCUACGCAUUCUUUGGAUCAAUGUCUUCUGCUGUGCGAAGUGUCACAAAAAUCUAUAAGGGAAAUUUCGAGAUAUCAUGGCCUUCUAGAAAAAGGGUAUAAAUUAUGCAUGCAUUAAGGACUGGACUUAAUGCAAAAAAAUUUGCUACUUUUUAGAUGUUUUCGAAAAGGUUUUAUCACUCAUAUUCGUCUUGCAAAUGACCCUUAUCACCAUGUAGGUCACUGUACAGGUUGCCCUCUGAAAUCUAUUCUCUAUUGUUUUCUCCCAUUCUACAGCAUUGCCAUAUUUCGGAAAGAUUUCAGAGGGCAACCAAGCACAGUAAAUUCUGGCGUGCUGCAUGGGAAUUUGAUGUUGUGCUAAACUCGGGACAAUAGGAAGUCCGAGAGCAAAAACCUUAGCCAGAUUUAUGACAUCGCCUCAAUAUUUGCUCACUUUUUGGGCAUGAAAUUCAGGGACUUAAUAGUACCCUGAUCAAUUAAUAUACUAAAAAUAAAUAUAAAAAAUCUAUCGACGAAUUAUAUAUGUUUUAAUCGCGGUUUUCUUGAAAGUAGCUUUAGAAAUUACAAAAAGAGCUCAGCAUUGCGUUUUACCCUGAUUGAUACGUUUUGAUGUGUUUCGAACUCGCGCAAGAGCACCUGCGUUCAGCGCCUUCUGAAGUGUAUAAGGGUCAUUUGCAAAACGAAUGAGUGAUAAAACCUUUUCGGAAACAUCCAAAAAGUAGCAAAUUUUUCUUUCUAAAGUGUAUAAGGGUCAUUUGCAAAACGAAUGAGUGAUAAAACCUUUUCGGAAACAUCCAAAAAGUAGCAAAUUUUUCUGCAUUAAGUCCACUCAUGAGUGCAUGUAUAAUUUAUAUCCUUUUUAUAGAAAUGCCAUGAUAUCUUGAAAUUUCUUUUAUAAGCUGUAGAUUUUUGUGAAACUUCGCACCGCAUGCAGAAGACAAUACGUAACGUAAAGCAUUUCAAAAGAAAAUGCCGAACAGGUCACAUCGUAACAUCAUUGCCAUUAUUAUAAUCGAUUUACAAUAUAGACAGAUUUGUUGAUUAAGAAGUGUAGGAGAUUCAAAGAUGGAGGGUGUGCCUAUGAAAAUACUAGGUCAAGCCACCUUAGGUAGCCCUUAUUAAACUAAUUUUGCGGCCAAUGCCAUAAUUUCUCUUUUCUCGAUCUCUACUGAGGAGAAAGCAGAGACCUUUUUUUCUUCAGGGGAAGUGACGACGUGAAAAUGCCACCUCCAACUUGACCAGUUGGACAGGUUCACUAAAAGUAGUCGCUUCCGGUAAUACCCGUCAUUUUGACCUUUAAAAGUAAAUUGACAUCAUAGUUAUGUAAGUGUUUUUUUUUUACCAUGAUUACUAGUUCACAUCCCCUCUAAAAUUAAGAUUAUUUCAUCCUUUUCCCUUAGUUGCUAAGAUGUUGUUUUUGUUUAUUAUUUUCAUAUAAUGAUAUCGAUCAACAAAGAGAGGUAGAGAGAAAAGGUGUGGUAAGUAGUGUAUACCGGUUGUACUUUCUAUAGUGUUUUUUACAGAAUUCUGCAAAUGAUUUUCACAGAAUAUUUCCUAAAAUUUUACCUGACAAAACCCACUCAAGAAAAAAAUAAGUUCAAUGAGCCACUCCCUUAGAGUUUUUAUUAGUGCGAGGAGCACUUUGCUAGGACUGAUAAGUUCUCGUUAGUAAGAUACUCGCCUAUGCGUAUCACACUGCGAGGAGGUUACUAAACCGUUAUGAGCGUGUGCAUGAGAUGAUAGGUUUGAUGGGCAGCUUUUUGUGUCUUCGAAGUGGUACCAUAUAAUUUUGGACGGUCAAGCUCUCCAAAGAGACUGCUGGACUGUGAUAAUUCUUUCUGUCUACAUCUCUGAGUCGAAAAUGUAUUUUCUUUUAACUGUAAAGGGGUUAUUGCUUAAUAAGCAUCUUUUUGACAAAAAUUGAUAAUGACCAUGAUGGAGACGAGCUUUUAAGCCCUUCACUUUUAGACCUUAUUAUUUUAAAAGUCAUCUGCUUUUUUCUGGGUAACGAUGUCAAUAUACACACUGCAACGGAAACGUAACUAACAGACAACGUCAUCUAAUGUUUGCAUUUCCAUACAGGUACGUGCCAAGCAAAUGGCAGAACAUACCAGAAUGGCGAUACAAUUAUUUAUCAUAAUGUCACUACCCCUAUUGAGAGCGCCGGUUGUACCGUGUGCGACUGCUCGGCUGGCAGCAUUAAUAACUGUAAUUUCUACUACUGCGACAUCGGCCUCGGUUCAUUUUCAAUAGAUGGUUGCGAAAGGUGGAGCGUUGGUGUGGAAGGAGUAUGCUGCCCAAAAUGUGGUAAGAAAAAAGUGACUUAACGAGACUCAUUUCUUUAAUUAUGGCCGUCUCCCAGUUUAGCUUAAAGGCUGUUUACUGUCCAGCGUAGUGAAAGUGAGAUAUCAAUUAGCAUACUUCAGAGGAUGAACUUAGUGUUUUUGUGCACAGAAGAAGAAAGUACAUCAUCUAAACGGUCAUACCUGAGGAUUUCAUCCAUUGACUCAAUGAUUCUUAAUCACCUUGUAAACAGUACGAAGGAAAAAUUACCGUCUAGUAUAUCUUUUACUCGACACGAUCCCUUUAGGAUUCCAUCCCCCGUCGUAAAUUUUAAGUCACCUUGUAAGGCAUUUUUUUUAUAACGCUGAUAGUUAAAAGCAACUUCUUACAUGUUAUUAUGGUAUUUUGAUUGAUUGAUCAAACUUAGUUGCUUUUCUAAGAAAUGAAAGAUCCACACCCUCUUGUUUUAUAGAGUGUGUCAGCAAUGGCCAACAAAAGUCUGUUGGUGACUCCUGGAUCAGACGCACGACUCCUGAUGUGUGUUACGAGUGCUCAUGCUCAGAAUCAGCAGCUGCUGAAUGCUAUCAAAUACACUGUAUGCCUUGUGAAGGAGUCACAGUCACUGUUCCUGGAAGGUGUUGUCCGAGAUGUGAUCCGGGUGAGUAUAAAGGAGGGGCCAGGGCAGGAGUCAGGGGCUCCUGAUGUUUUUGUCUACUAAUAAAAGACAAGGCACCAGAUGUGUCCUGAGGGUAUGGAAAGAGGUACAUGUAGAUCAUGACGCACAUUAAACUUUCGCGAUCGUCCAAUGGACCAGGUUAAUUGAAAGCAUAGGGGCCUAAAUGGAACAAUAAACCAGGUAGGAGGAGCAAGAAUCUUUAGGGCCCUCGUUUUUGCAUAACGCAACUUUAGAUUAAGUGUGAAUUUUCUUGAACCAUAGCAUUUGCUUCAGAGUGUUUUCUCGCACGGAAUCUUAGUUAACUAGGAAGAAAAUUUUUCGGAACACUCAAAGGAACAGUUAAAAAAAUUGCAUUUUAAUCUUGAUCCUUGCAAGGAACGUGGGAGUCGAUUUCUUCUUCUUCUUUCCAGAGAAUAUCAAAUUUAAAAAAAAGGAAAAGAAAGUCAGGACCAAAAAUGUACUUUAUUACAUUAGUUACAUUAUAACAUUAUUAUAUUAAUGAACUAAGUAUUUUAGUGGGCUUUUAUAAUUAUAUAGCUCCACUGAGUAUCUUGUAGCUCAGUGGUAGAGCAUCUGCACUAGUAAUCCCAACGUCAUAUGUUCGACUCCUGUUGGGAGUACUCGGACUUUUUCUUCACUGACACAGCCAUCUAUGUUUCUAUCUCUACACAUAGUGACCACCACCACAACAGCUACGCAAGGCUUCACCAUUAUUGUGCUCACCACUCCCCGUACGCCUCCGGUGUUUCCUGAAUUUCCCUGGGGUAACGAAGGCGUGGACUAUGAAGACAUGAAUGACAGCCAGUGAAAGGAUUAGAUGGGUAUGUAAAUCAUUUGUUAUAAGUUUUACUGGAAUUAACACAAAAGAGAGAUCUCAACGAAUGACGUCAUCACAUUUGGAUUCAUUAAAAUUCUCCUCUUGGGAUAACAUGUACUCUAAGAGAAGUUUCAUGCCCAGGAAUAUCAGCUAUAGUAUGACGUGGAGCCGCCUGUUUCUGUUGUCAAGGCCCAGUACCCCGCUUCCUUCAAACUAUGGGAACUGCCACCAAACUGAGGAACUGAUCAUAUAAAAAUAAUCUCUCAAACCAUUCACAGUGGGGACUAAAAUGCCAAAUUAAAGAAAGGAUAACGAACUUGAAGAAAAUUAGAACUGGCUGUAAUAGUGGUUUUUAAAAACUUGUUAGUCUGGCAUUUUUUCAGUAAUAAUGUCUGACACCAAGCUGUGAUUUCGUCAAGUACAAGAUAUCAGUUCUUCGCUGACGUUAAGUUCAAUUAUGAAUAAGGACCGGCACCAAUCACAUCAACCCCACAGAGAAUCAGUCUUCGUAAUUAGGUGGGGUGGAUAAUGUUGAUAAAAGUUUUUAUACACACUGCCAUCUGUGGAACAAGUUUUGAUUAGCCAGCGCUCGGUUUCUGAAAGAAGGAGGGGUCGGAGGAAGCAGAGAUUCCGAUACGGAAUUUAGUCAUAAUUCCUUCUUGAGGAUCCCUUUACGUGGUCAAGAGAAGAAAGAAAGAAAGGAACGGUAUGGGGGCCAGCUCCCCAUAUGGGCCUUGUUCCCAGGAAAGCCUUUUUAGCUACUUUCAGUGACAAGUGAAAGCGACGAGAAAAUUUAAUUUCAAAACGUUUUAUCCUUCGAGUGUUUUUUUUUUCUUUUUUGCCAUCAUUUUAAACUAAACUGUUCUUUCAGACGCUGUCAUUAUACAAGUAUCCCAUAAUAAUAAACCAUUAUAAGGCCUUAAUUUGUGACGUCAUUUUCCAGGCAAAAAAUGAGAAGUAAGAUGUAAAAAGAUGUAAAACACCCGGAAACUUUUAGCCAAAGACAAAUUCUCGCAACGCUGUUUUGAAGUAAAAUAAACAAAUGUUUGGGAUUUGUAUUUGCUGGCGUUUUGUUACCAAAAUUUACAUGAGAGGAAUAAUCUAGGGAUCCUUUAUCCUGGUCUGUAAAGAACUUAAUUUUUGAUGUCUUUUGUUGCAGGACGUAUACAUAUCCUUUCAGGAACUGAAGAGCUAUUGAAGCAUAUGUACAAAUAGGAAAAUUAAAUCUUGAUUUGAAUUAAUUUUGAUAGCAGCAGUUUGUUGAAUAAAGCAGAAAGAAACCUGUUUUAUUCCUCUGGUCUUUUCUUCUCUAAAACACAAUUUAUAAGUCAAUUGAGAAUUUUUAAACGUCUCAUGGCAAUUACUUUUUUAGAUCAAUAAGACAACAAUCUACUGGUUCUGUCCAAGUCUUUACAAUCAGUUUAAGGGUUUUUCUACCAUCAUGAAAAUCUAAGAUGGCGAAUGUGACCUGCAUGACGUCACCAUACAACUGUCGCCGUCCCCAUAUCUCAAUUUCUUUUUACUUAAAUUCUUGUCUGAACUUUUCACUAGUUUUCCAGCGUUAACUGCCUCCGCGACGAAAAUGUUGCAAAUUUUACUGACUAAAUUAGUGAGCAAAGUUUUCACCAUCGUAAAAUCAAUAUAUGGAGGCCACAUUAGUAUGACUCAGUCACAGCAAAUACAAGAAAGAUCAAGUGACACUGAGGCAUGCAAACGAAAUUACAGUGAUUAGUUUGAAAAACACACCCCGGUUAAGCGUUGAACGAUGUUAAGACAAAAUUUCUUUCAAGCAGAGGCUAAAUGAUCUAAGAAUCAUGAGUCAGCUAAGAUGUCUUCGCUUUAAUUCAAUGGGUAAAUAAAUUUUAAUUCGUCUUCCACAGAAAAAAAUUCAACGCACCACUGAGCUUGUUAUUGAGGGCUAUAGAUAUAGAGGAUAUUACACGGUGGCGCCAAGAUAUGAAUUUUAUUUUCGAGUGGCAAAACAAUAUUUUACGAACGAGCGCAGCGAGAGAGUAAAAUAUUGUUUUUGCUACGAGAAAAUAAAAUUCAUAUCUUCAAGCCGCCUUGUAAUGUUCUUUUUAUUAUAUAGACAAAAAGACAUCGAUAAAAUAAUGGACUAUUAUUCGCCAAAAAGUAAUUGUGACGGCUCAAAUUUACAGUACAGCAAUAUAAGACAAUGGUUACAAUAAUCUUGAGAAACAACACUGAGCUGGAUAGGGCUCUACAAUGACAAAAGCUUUGAAAAAAUGUGUGAGUAAAAUUCAAAAGACGCAAGACGCCAUCAAAUUUCGAAGGGAAAUUACCGAAAUACGUCAUCGAUAAACUCACGUAUGAGAUUAUGGAAAAUAAACCACUCGUGUCCCGGAUGUAGUUUUUGUGAAUUUUACGAGUGGUAUAUUUUCCAGUAAAACAAUCGUGUCUGUAUAAUAAAAGCCACUAAAAAUAAACUCUUUUUCGCCAUUGCAUUGAACUACUUUGACAUACUUUUGCGCAGAUAUCACAACAUUUUUCCCUUCCGAAAAACCCUGCUUUAGGCGAGGGAAAUUAUUAGGAUUUGGACAAAACGCAAGUGAAAUUAUUCCCUAAUUUCGCGAGUAUACCAUCUGAUUACCUAUUAAUAUCAUGGGUGACGAAUUACGUUAGCAAUCUUGGAUUUUGACAUGUUUAUUGAUCGAGAACUCCUGCACUCUCUCGAACGUUUAGCGCUUAAAUUUGGCUUAAGUUCAGGGUUUUUCGACAAAAUACCUGUUAGAAUCCUUCUUGAGGUGCUCUUUCGUGUGUUCAGGUUUUCUAAAGCGUCUUUUUAUGCCCUAGCAUCUUCAUUCAUGACAUUUAAAAACUUCGUCGCCAUCUUGACACUGAGACGUACGAAAGGUUGCCAUGGCAAUUUUGUAAUUUCACAUGUGAAAUUACAAAUUAUCGCUGAAAUUUCGCGCCAAAAUUAAGGAGUAAUUCGUCACCUAUGAUAUUACUACGAUAAUCCAAUUAGCGAAAAAUUGACUUCACUUUUCUGUACUUGUGCUUUUAAGAUAAAUUGCAAGAUCUCAAGUCUUAAAUUUACUAUCAAAUUAGCUAGGCUCAACAAAGUUUUUGAUAGGGCAGACAUAAGCCGCUAGGUUGGUAAUUCUUUUCUUUAUUUAUUAUCAGUAAUAAUAAAUGAACCUUAUCGGGCAUGAUUUACUUGUUUAAACACGACUUAAAUUGAGCCACUUCCCGUAAAUCAAAUUUUCGGAUUGUUUGCGGCUUUUUUCUCCAUUCAGAGCUAAAAGAGCGACUAAACUGGUCUCAUGAAUUCAGGUCGGAAAAAUUUCGUAUUUUAAUUAUUCCUUUUUCGGGUUUCUAGAAAUAUGUAACAGUCAGAGAAAGAUAACUUUUCCUGAAAGAGUUGUUAUCAAACCUGCACAAGAUGAUGUGUACUUAAAGUAAAAAACAACAAGAAAAGAACUAUCCUCUUCUUAAUUAAAUCGAUUGCGAGUAACGAAAGCGGUAGAAGAGCAGGCGCUCCGAAUAUGAUUUAUAGUUUCUUUAUAUUAAAAAAAGCUUUUUUUUCAAUUUUCGCGCGCCUGUGAAAGCAAUUUCAAUAAUAGGGAUAGGUGCUUGGCUGCAUGGUUGUAAAACAAAACAGAAUCCUUCAAUCACUGAGGUUCCUUUGGCCCGAGUUAAAAGUUCACGCAGAAAAUAGUUGAUACGAAAGGUAAGCGAUUAAUCUUAAGAUUAAAGACUGAGCCAGACCUCACUUGGCUUUAAUAUCAGACCAAAAAAUUGCUUCUUAAGGGAGUGUGAAAUGAUGGCUUUCCGUAACUUAGCAGUCCUAGGCCUGCCACAACACGUCUUAUUACGACGAUGAGUUGAAGUUUUAAGCUGCGGUAAGUGGGAUCUCCGAAGUCAAGCGUUACAACGAGGAUUAUAACUGUAAAUGGUUAUGCGCAGAAGAGAACGACAGGUUUGAAAGUGAUCUCUUUGAGCUAGAUGUUAAUUGAAUUAAAUGUGUAAAAUUCACUCAAAAAAAGGCUCUUAAGCGUAAGGGACAUUUCAUUCUCAGACAUCUUUUGAUGAAAGGAUCAACUUUCAAUUUUGCAGAUGCAUCCAAACUGAAAGUGAGUUAUGUUGGUUAUGGACGGAUGCUACGAUUGGGGGAAAUGGAACGCUCUACCUUGUAUACACCCCUCUGUAACAGAGCCAUGCAGUGAAAGCCGACCUAGCGGGUUUAAUAUAGUCCCCCAGUAGCCUCCCCGAUACUAACGAAUAGUUUGUUGUUAUCCGGCUAAUUUUAUGCUUCCCCGGUCACUUUUUAUUGUGACUUCUACAAAACCAGUGUAUUUCGCCAUUCAUAUUUGUUUAAAAGGAGCAAAAAUAUAAAACAUUAUUACCAUUGACAAAAGAAAUCGGAGGGUACAAGUAAUCGAUCCCGUAUGAAUGUGUAAAUCUUUUAGUUCUUCUUGUUAGAGUAAUAUGUAAAAGGAUUUCCAAGGUUUCAAAUCCGUUAAGAUGUAAGGACUGUCACCCCGUUUAGCUUUUAAUUAAGGGAGAUACACAACUAAGAAAAAACCUAGUGGAAAAUAAGCCAACCCAGUGACGUUUUCUCCGAGAACCCGGUGGAGAUAUAGAUUCCACUGGGUCUUUUAGAGAGGGGUGUUUGCAUAUGUGUAGAUAAUAUUACUGGGUCAGCUAUGAACUCUUUGUUAACGCCCCAGAAUUACAAGGCCAACAUGUAAAUCCCCCUAAAGCUAUAAGGAAAGAUUAUCCCUUUUUAAGUCAAAGGUAAUGAAUGAUAAACUGGUUUAAAACCAAAGUGGAGAAAAAAACAGCUGCCACUGAAGUCAAGUUUCCUAUACGAUCGGACUAAUUUCUUCCGAUUGAAUGAUAACUUUUAUGUCAAAUAAGACACAAGCCAAUUUCCUAGCUAAUGUUUGCUUUUCAUUAUUUCCGAUACCUCAAUUAUUCACUAUUUGAGAUUUUGAUAUCAUUUACGCAAACUAAAACAUUGAAUGAAAAUACGAACAUUCGAACAAAUUUAAGUCAAAAUCAAUGUCGACAGCGUCUCAAAAAGUUUAACGACAAAAAUGAAGAAAUCUUUUGAUUGAUUUAUUUCAAUAUAUUCUUUCAAAUUGGAGAGUACUGUUUGCCUAUAAUUUAUCGACAAAAAUUAUAGGCAUCCACUUUAAGGCGCUUUUGAAAAUUCGUCAUUGCCCAAGUACCCAUUUAACAUAGAAUGGAUAACUUUCUAUGUCCCGACUGAAACAUAGAUUGCCUGCUCGUUGGACAGUGCACCAAAAGCUACCCUUAAGACCGGUAGCAAUGAAAGAAAACUGCUAAUUGAGAAUUUCUGUGUGUUUGGCCUGACUGCUCUUAGAUGCACUGAUUUAAGCAUGUUAUUACAGUAUAUUUGUUUAAAUGAGCGAUUGUUUUAAUAUUUACACACAAGGGGAAGGCGGUUGUUUGAAGUGAUGGAAAAUCUUCUCUUUUGAAAAUUAAAAAUUGCAGUUAUUUUGAUGUUUCGACGUGCUAGACAAUAGAAUUAAGGCCGUAACAAAGAAGAAAAGUAAUCCAAACUAAUCAGACACCUUUCUUGUGUUAUCAAGGUUUUUUCCUGCACAAAGCUGAUGAAGCAAUACCCUUAAAACUUGUUGUGGCUAAAGCUUAAAUCUUGGUAAGUGUCGAGUGAACUUUAAUUACAAUGUUGAAUCAUCUGCAGAGAAAUAACGGUUACCUUCCUUGUGUUUAUCUAUGAAGGAAACUCGCAAGACACACGUUUAUUGCAAAAAUUUUACGUUUAUUUAACUCAGAUAUUAUUCUCUGCAGCCCUUUGAAUAACAAACUUAAUUCGCAUCUGUAUACUGGUUUAAUAUCCAAGUACAGGCAAGGUUUUUUUUCUUUUUAAUUGUAACAAAAGAACACUUCGUGAAGCGAACUAGAUUAGCAAGAAAGUGAUUAUUACAAUCCUUGCGCCAAGAAACCGCUUCUUGAUUCUUUUAUUUUUAACGCCUGUCCGUUUAUAUGAGAUUUCCGAGAGCUGAUUGUGGACCGGCGUCUACCCGUUUUUAGGCAUUAAAUAUUGUCCACCCAUUCAAAGCCUAAAAGAAGAAAAUACUAUGGUCAGCCGCAUGAAAAAUUACUUGAUCAAAAAUAGUAACAAUGUUGUAAACUUAAUCUGUACUAAAAAAAUUCCCCUUAGUAAGAUGUUUGGGUUAUCUGGACAUAUUUUUCCCAGCAUUUUCCAAAGUUGUACUGGUCUUUGUUACUCAUUUUUGUGUUCAAGCUCACCUUAAAACUAAAAACGUGAAGAGUUCAUUUGACGCUCGACCUGAAGGUGAAUACAAGAUCAUAACUUAGUGGACGCAUUUCUCAUAACCGAAGCGACGAAAAGUGAAACUUGUAUUCUGUUAUUGUGUGAAUGAUAAUGUGGAUCCUAAAAUGUCUCUCUUUUCUGUGAAUUGUCUCCUGACACGAGUUCUAAUAAAUGUGACCACGAACAUAGUAAAAACGCCCACAAUUUAUCACGAUUCUAUGUAGAAGGAAAUAAAGAACGGAUUGUCACUUCACCGUUUCUAAAAUUCCUAAAUUUUGUUGUAUAAUAUCACCUUUAAGACCGCAAGACGGAAAACGAAAUGGUGGCUAUGGCCUCUUAACAAACUUUUUGGGUUUCCUUAAGAUAUCAUUCCGAUCCGACUCGAAUCGUCAUUUAGCGGGAAAACAGCAUCGAAAAGUAAACUAGAAAACAAACACAUCUUGUUAAAAAACAGAACUGAAUUUGUGAGAGUAAACUAUAUUUACUAUCUUACUCACUUUAGAGCUCUGCCGAAUCAGAAAAACUUCAUUUGCAAACUUGCCUGAAUUUUUGGAAUAGGAAGUAAAUGUGUAUGUGCCGUGUUCAGAAACGCAUAGAUCUACUUUCUAAACAUUGCUAACAUUAUUAUUAUCUUUUUUUUUUCUUCAAGAAAAUGGAAUCAAGAGUAUUACUUCAGGUUUUACUGGUGAUUUUUAGUUUACACACGGCCGCUGAGGGAAAACACAUUACGAAGGUAAAGUCAACUACAAUUAUUUUUAAGUUUUUCGUAUAAAAUUUUAUUCACGCUUCUGUUUCGUUUUGUAUCAUUUAAUUCCUUACAUAAUUCGGGAUGAUCAAUUGAGGGUACCCGUUAAACUUAUAUUUUAAUUUUUUUUUUUACUCAAUGAUGAGCUCUCUUCCAUAAUUUCAAAUGAGUUUUGCAUUAUUGUUUUUGUUUUUUUAUUUUUUAUUAUUGUACUUUAUUAUGUUUGUUGUCUUGUUGUUGAUCUUUUUAUUUUUAUUUUUUUUUUUUUUUUUUUUUUUAUAUUUGUUUCUUUUUCAUAAAUUUUAAGUGGUUUUUUGUUUUUUUGGUUUGGGGGGGGGGGGGGGGGGGGGAUCAGGGAGGUCUAAACUUCCUGCCGCCAGUACCGUAUCAGUUGCAAUCAUUUGUAGUCAUCUAGACUCUCAUGACUACUCACCCCCUGACUUAUUAUUAAAAAGAAUUGCAAUGAAGUAAGAAAAUUGUAUUGUUCGGGUACCACAGCAAUAUAUGUUUUCUAAUUUACCUUUAGAAGGCUGAACAUCACAAGAGGAUUGCUGUCAGAGACGUGGACGGUAAGUUAAGUCAAGAACUCAGCCUUACUAAUACUGUGAGCAUGAUGCAUUGUAUAAUAAAAUAGGGUAUUCGUCGCAUUGAUAUAUUCUAAACAUGGAAAUGGAGGGCAAGUCUGUGGACUAGAGAGGCCUUGAACUACUGUUCAGAAAGAUUCUCACAGACAUGUUUCUGACAAAAAACUACUGAUUGGGGAGUGAGCUGUAUUGGAAACGUUCAUUUGAGCUGUGCCUAUUUUAAUUUGAGGAACUUUUACAAGGUCUUAUGAGAUGAUCAAUGCUGCAUUGAACAGUUCUUUUCAUGUGACUACAUCCUCUCCUCUUCAAUGCCAAAAAAAAGAUUGAAAUGUUGGGCAUAUUUGUCUGAGCAAUUAAAAAUUUACAAGGAGACUAUGUUUGGACAAAAACUUACAGCUUACACCGUUAAUGUAGCCAAUUAAACCAAGCUCCUCCGAGCGUUGCCUGUGAAGAGACAAAGGGAGAUUAGCGUCGCAGAGGCUAAUAUGUGCUCGAUAGUAUUCAGGUGAAAUGUAGCCUCCCCCGCAGACGUAUUUUUGGCUCGUCUCGCAGCGACGAACCCCUAAGAACUGCAAACCCACACCUCCCCUAACCCAACGAUAACACUUACCCUUCUUUUCACUUGUUGAGUGUUAGUUUAGGGGAGGGGUAGGUAUACGUAAAUUCAUCUUUCAAUCUUAUACUGAUCCAGGGAUUCAAACUAACAUGAUAGCUUUUCCCCUCUAACAGUUCAAAUUGACUACGAGCCAGUUGGUUGCUUUCAAGACAGGGUACAUGACAGAGCUCUUAACCACAAAGUAAAGAAUUUCAGAAAUUUUUUGGGAAAGAAAUUGUGGGAAAAGUGGCCCGACAUGACCCUUGUUAUUCAGCUAUGUGCCGAAGAAGCCUUUAAAAAGGGUUAUACUGCCAUGUUUGGGGUUCAAUUUUACGGAGAAUGUUACUCGAGUAAAAACGCACAAAGUAAUUACGACAAGCACGGUAAAUCCAACAACUGCGUCAGUGGCGUUGGGAAAGAUUGGGCUAAUUUUGUCUAUCGUAUCAAAGGUGAGUUUUUUUAACUUAGUCUUACUAAAAUGAUCUGAUUAAUACAAAUUGAUCGAAACUACAUUGCUUUGGUUGACCCAAACAUGUUACGACUUGGCUAUUUUAAUAAGUUUCCUGAUCAGUAGUUGUGGAAGAUUGUGGAUUUGAUUGGCAGCAGACUUAAUGUGCCAUAAUAGCACCAGUUAAGGAAAUCAAAAUGUGAUUGGAUUCUUGGUUCCUCAUAACUUACUCUAGCUACUCGCUUGAACUUUAACAAGGAUUUUGCUACCACGUUCUACCACCGCCAGUAGUAGGUGUUAAAGUCCCGGGGGUACUCCUGUUUUUACUGGUGACGGGGAUGAUCGAAGGAUUUUAUUGAGUUUGAAAUUUUCCAUUCGGCGGGAUUUUGGGGGGUGGGAAAAUUGGGCACGUAUUUUUUUCGGGGUGGCCUGCAGAUUUAAGGAGGGAUUUUUUUUUUUGAUAUUCAUGGUAGUGCUUGCUUAUCCCGGCCGCGUAGUUCUACGAAUAAUGUAAUACACCAAAUAACGUAAACAUGCCAUAUCAUUUAAUGCUUUCUGGAAAUUUUAAGGCUCGGAAAUUCGGCAUGGGUCUUUUGGGAGAUUAAUGUUUGUUCAACGGAUUUUUUUUGGUUUUGUUGGAAGCUGUAGGGAUUUUUUUGGGUUUUGAUUUUUGCCCCCAUUCGAUCAUCCCCGUCACUUGAAAUCCGGAGUACCCCCCUUAGGGUUAAAGUUUAUAUUUAAUAUCAUUGAUAUAUAUUGUAAAACGUGUAGUUUGGUUGUUUUUUACGUACGUUAUAUAGAUGCCAUAACGUUGUAAUGUUUAUAUAGAUUAAAGUAGAUUGUAAUUUUUUAUUAUUAUUAUUUUAUCUGAUAGAUUUACCGUGUUUAAUAAAAAUAAUAAAGUAACGUUUGCCAUUAUAAACUGGAUUUAUUAGUCACGUCAACACAGUAGGGUAACGUUAUUGCAUUAUGCAUUAUUGCAUUAGUAUUAGUUAACGGAUUUAUAUAAAAUUUUUAAAUGCGUUAAAACACCCUCGAUGGACACCAGCCAAGUGUUGUUCAGGCUAGCGUGUUUCUCUUAUGAUAGGAAUUUUUAAAUAAACUAUUAACUACCUACCUACCUAAUCAGUAUGAAUAGCCGUUUUGUAGCGAGCAAUCGAGCAGUGGGAACUUUUAUAUCACUGUUGUCCGACAACAAUCAGAGACUAACUGUAGCAUCUGCUUUUUUCUUUCUUAGUAAACCCCAUUCCAGUUAAAGCCCCAAAUGCUGUCUGUGAAGUCGAGGGACAAACUUUCAUAGAUGGUGACGAUAUGGAGGUGUAUAAAGGUGAUCUGGCCAAUGGUGAAUGUGAACAAUGCACGUGCAAGGAUGGAAUGCUAAUUAACUGUCACCACAUCUUCCACUGCGUUCUAAACGAUUCAAGCUGCAAUAGUUACUCAAAGAAACCGGGGCAGUGCUGCCCCACAUGUGAGCGAGGUAUUGUGGGUAAAUUAACUGUUAGCGACUAUUAACAAGUUGGUUAUAUACUAAUAUAGCAGUCCUUCAUAACAUCUCGCCAGAGUUCACCCUGUGUCUGAUGAUCUCACAACCUUAUUUAUUGUUAUUCAAAUUGAGAAACAGCUUCAGUAAAAAACAGUAAAAAAAGUCAACUUGAGGAUAAAAAGCAAUUUUUAAGACAUGAAUUUCUAGUAGUCUCAUGAUAAUGGAAGUAAUCUCACAUUCAUACUUCACCAUAGACAUUGCAAUCUUUCAAGUCGCAGGGAAUAGUUUAAGGGCACAAGGACAGGAUCUAGAAAUUUGAUCCCUUGAGGACUUCCCUUUUAUCAAAAAAGCAAUAUGCGUUGAAUGUCAGCUUUGCAGUUGUCUUUGGACUUCUCGGUUUUUGUUCUUAAUAUUUUAUAGCUGAUUAGAUCUCUUUUCUCGCGAUCCAACGUUGCCAAUCAGCAGGAUCUUCGUCCACGGUUUUUGCAGUUAACCUCGUUAUCCUUGGGUUAUUGCCUAAAAUUUUGAUUUCCGUUGUUGUUUUCUUUAAGACGUCCCUGAUAACGCACCAAAAUGCACAGUCAAAGACCGACUUUACAAGGAAGGUGAGAGUAUGGAGGUCCUGAAGCCCUUAGGACUAAAAGCAACGUCGGAAUGCCAUCAGUGCACCUGUAAGGGGGGAGAACUGCAGGACUGUCACAGGAUCUACUACUGCGAGAUGAACAAACCCGGAUGCACGCAAUUCAUCAAAGCACCAGGGCAGUGCUGCCCAACCUGUGCUCGUGGUAGGUAACAUCUCGGCUAAGACUUCUAGCCAUACUCACGCUGACGGCGUUCCAGUGAAAAUUGGCGCGAAAUGGAGAACAGGAGAAAAGAAAGCGGAAGAGAGGAAGAGGGAGAGAGCAGGGUAAUCCUUCGCUCUUUCUCCCUGCCCGCAACCCCUCGCUUUGCUUUCAUGCCACGUUUCUUUGCGCCGUCCUCUUUAUCUGAACGCUUAGAACAAGCUAGUUAAUACUCAUUAUUGGGGCUUAAAAUGGGUAAAGCAGAGGCUCAGUGUUUGUGCUUCAAUAAUUUUGUCCUCAUUUAGUUCUGAAGUGUAUUAUUUACAUUUGUUUGUUUACAUUUAGUAAUAACAAGGCCAACUCCACCAAGCUGCAAAGUCAGCGGCAUCUAUUACAAGGACGGAGAGAGCAUGGAAGUGUUAAAGAUGUCCGCUGACAAAAAGACAGGGGCGUGUCACCAGUGCACAUGCAAUAACAGCAAUGUUGAGGGAUGUCAUCAUAUCUUCCACUGCCAUCUUAACAGUUCCGAUUGUGCAAGUUAUAAGAUAGUACCUGGCCAGUGCUGUCCUGAAUGUGGUAUGACCUUACGUGCUGUGUAAACAGUAUUACAAUACAUCACGCAGUUUCACGAUGAAACGGGAUAAAAACGGAUAUUGAAAUUGAUCACAAUUCCCAGUGUUAAAUCUAAUUUUCAGUCCAUGCUACUAGUCUUUUUCAUUCGGACGGAGAACAAAACAAUGAAUAAUUAGACACUGGUGUCAUAAUUAUAGAAAGUUGCAAAGACUCUUCGCCAUUUCUUUACAAGUUGUAGGGAUUGGCUUUAAUACAGGGCGAAACGAAAAGACAGUUCUCUUCUUGAACCUCCCCCCCCUCCUCCCCUCCGCCCUUCCACAUCUGAACACCUGGAAAACUGGGAUAGAACUUUCUUAAGAAACCAUCAAUGUUCUUUGAGUUUUUUUUCUUAUGUCACCAAAGCUGGUAAAAUGCUUCCUCAAGAUUUUUAUUAAACUAUGGAAACUCUUAUUUGGUGAGGAAGUGCGGUGGUAGAGGCAAUGAUGAGAUCGAAACAUGCGCCGACAACUUAACAUUAUUUUUGUUCACAGGUAGGUUGAGUACGAUCGUCCCUGUUAACGUAGUCCUGAAUAGGACUGUUGCUGUUGACAGUGACUGACAUUUCGACAAUCUGUGCGGUAGUCAUCUUCGCAGAAUCAAAGUGAAUUGAAUCACGUCGGUUGAUGGUAUUUUACUCUUGGUUAUUGACCUGAUUGGUCAAGAUUAAGUCGCGAUGUUAUUGGUCGUCUGUCAGUUAAGCCUUGAUGUUGUUGGCUAUGAAGACUUGUAAUGUCAUUGGUGCGUUUCGAACCGUCUAUUGAUUUUGUCAGUUGUCAAUUGACCAUAACAUGGAUGUCCAAUGCCAUUAAACACAGAUAGUAUAUGGCUUGGACUCCUAGCGAUUAAGUGUGAUAUAUAUAUUUCGCAUCCGCUAACAUAAAGGACGUACGGACUUUCGGACGAGUCGUCAGAACCCCGAUUUUUUGGAUGCAUAGACAAACAAAUUUUCUUACCCAUGGUGCUCGGCUGCGCGAGAGCUCUACUAUCAUUAACAUUAUCUUUAUCAUUAUCAUUUUCAGUUCCAGUCAACCCCGAUGAGCAUGCCCUCAGCUGUCAGAUUAAUGGUCUGUUAUUCAGAGAUGGAGCAAGCGCAGAGGUGCUAAAAGAAUCUGCUGAUAAGAGUAGCAUAUACUGUCAGCAGUGCCAAUGUCAAUCUGGCAAACAUACCUGUCAUAAGAUAUACGAUUGUGAUAUUCAGAAGGUGGCCUGCGAGAAAUCAGUCAAGAUUCCAGGACAAUGUUGCCCCAGUUGUGGUGAGUAUUCUGGCAGAGUUGGUGGCCAGUUAAUAAACAACAACCAGUUGCAAAAUGGGAAAGUCGCUUUUGCAAACGAACCGGUUUUCUUCGCGCGCCUCAGAGAAAGAAUCCUAAAGAGUAAAUGAGGUUGUCUUACUAACGUACAAAAUUUGUUAUUAUGGGCAAAUCCCGCAUUCUGAUUGACAAUCAUACUCACCACCUAUGAGCUCAUAGAUAGUAAUUACUAAGCUAUCGUCGGUAAUCAGAAGCGUGAAAAGAAACUUACCAGCCAAUCAGUAACUAAAAAUCAUUUAAAUGUGUGCGAUGCGGAAUGCCUGCUAUUUGUUAUUCUUCAAGUUCUUCAAGCUUUGUUUUUUGGUAGUUAGGCUUUGCUACUACAAAACUAUUUGUUUUUACACUUUUAAAUUGAUGACGUGGAUACAGAAUAAGCAAAUCCUUAGCUUUUUAGUCAGGUUAAGAGAAAUUUUAACUGUGAGGACUGCGUACCCUCGACAACCUUUUUUGCCAAGCUGUGGUCACUUUUAAACCUAUUUUUCAGCUGUCAGCUGCAAAAUUCUUUUUAACUUUAGUUUUCGGAAACUUCGGAGCAAAUUUCGACAGGUUUUAUCCAUUUUCUACUAGGAAGUUUCCUUAUAAACAUCACGGCUAUUGAACUAUCGCUUAAUGUCAUGUCCUCAGUAGAAAGUGCUUUCAAAUUUGCAAUGUAAUACUCUCAGGUAGUUCAGUUUAUAUCGGCUCUUUCCACUAAGCCCAUAAAUAUUCGUAUGUGUUAUUUUUAUUUGCUGGUUUGUAUUUUUAAAACCUUUAUUAUUUCCAAGCCUUUUUAAAACCCUUUUACUUUGUAAAUUGCUUCACAGCUUGCUACCACAACGGACAACAGCUGGGGCCUGGUGACCAAUGGCUGAAGAAGUCUGGAAGCGACUGCAUACAGUGCACAUGUCUAAUGGACGGAACUGCAAAAUGCCUGAUGGUACUAGAGGGCUGUCAAUCAGGU